UGCAUCCUUAAUAACUGUAGAGAAGUACCAUAAAGUUUCUAAACCAGAAGUCAGGGGUUAUUGGAAGAUGCUGGAUGAUAGAGGAGAACUAGAUGAACGACUGAUUGACAGUGUGUGGGAACAAGACGCCGAGCUGAAGGGAAAUAAACAGAUUCUUCUUCGCAUUUGUCAACGCUUUGACUUGCUAGUUGAACUACCGGAGGAACAAGCCAACGACAAAUGGAAGAAAUAUUUAGUACCUUGUGUGCUAAAAAACCAACCCAUUCCAGACGGUUAUUUGAAAAUGCAGAAAAUUCCUCCAUUAUAUUUGAUGUUUGACGGCGGAUUCUGUCCCCCUGGUCUCUUUCAUCGCCUGGUGGUCUGCUGCUACAGGAAGUGGUCAUCUCACGACCAAAAUCCAUACUGCGACUAUGCAUGCUUCAAGGUGGACCGCUCAAUUCACACAAUAUUGGAGUUAUGUAAUGAAGGAGACGGCACAUUCAAACUCAUGGUUGGCUCUUUGAAAAGAAGUGUCAACGUCUUGGAGGGCGACAGUGCAUUCCAGGUACUUAGCUAUAUCAUGCAGGAGCUAGACCGACUUAUUGGCGCCUACUUCCCUUACCUGAAGUACAACAUUGGGUUCCGCUUCCCACACGGCCUGGAGAAACUGACAGAAGAUCUGAAGACAGAGAUGUUGGAGAGUGACGACGUGUGUCCGCCUGGAUGCCGAGAAGUUAUUGAAACCGCCCCGUACAGGAAGUGGCUCAGGAAAAAUGAAAAUACCUUUUGUCCAUCAGCCAGAAUCGCUGUCUAUCCACCUGAUGACUUGAUGUGCGACUUAGCAAGAAAUAUUGGAUUUGAGUGGGAGGAAGUAGCUGCCUAUCUUGGAGUGGAGAGACCUCAGAUAGAUCAUCUCAAACUCAACUUCCCCAGUGACGCACUUGGUCAGAUUCGCAAUAUGCUGUUUCAGUGGAGAGAAGGAAUGGGGGCUUGUAGCAAUGAGGAGCGUCGAGACAAGUUGAAGAAAGCGUUGGCAAGGGCCAGACGUAACGACUUAGCGGACAGUCUUAAGCUUGGGUAAUACUGAACUGCUAAACUACACAGACAUAAGACGUACAUUUGAUAGUGGAUUCUAUCUCAAAACAGACAUUAGGUCAACAUUUUUGUAGCAGGUAUUGUUCAGAUUUUUGAUUGCUGUAGUGAUUUUGAGAACUCGUUUUGUGUUCUUGUUUCACGUGUCCAUCAUUGCUCACCGUACUGGCAGAUUUCAAUAAUUGAUUUUAUUAUUUAUAAUCUUAAUAUUUGCAUGCACAGUUGUGUCAUUCAAAUUGCCCUUGUAUAUAUUGCGGGUGUUCAUAAGUUGAAAAACAUAUUAAUUAGAAUUACACUUAUUUUUGCUACAAAUAGUUUGAUAUGAGAGUGAAAUCUUCCAGGUAGCUUUCUUGGGAUUAAACAAAAUUGUCAUUUUGCAGAUAUAAAAAUUAACUCAGAAUUACAUUGAUGAACAAUGACAGAAGACAAAUUCAUGAGAUGUGUAAUUUCAGUAUGUUACCAAACCAAGUAAAACCAGUCAUAAUACCCAUCCAUUCAAAUCAAAUAUUAUAGUUAUCAACAAGAAUAAUAUCACAAUGAAAUGUUCAAACAAAACGAUUCUAUCAAAAGGGUGUGAAUUUUGUAUAAUGAAGAUACCAUGCAAUUGAAAUGAUACCAACAUAUUAUGU